AUGGCGAUGGCUAUGUAUCCAGGUAUCCAGGCCAAAGCGCAAGCCGAGAUCGAUGGUACCAUCGGUUCUCGUCUUCCCAGGAUUUCAGACUGGGAUUCAUUAAGCUACGUCAGAUGUGUCAUGAAGGAGGUCUUACGCUGGAAGUUAACGCUUCCAUUGGCUGUCCCUCAUGCCUGUACUCAAGAUGAUAUGUACAAAGGGUACUACAUCCCCAAAGGUGCCAUCGUCAUCGGCAACUCCUGGGCUAUAAGCAACAACCCAGCCGUGUACCCGGAUCCAGACCGCUUUGACCCCGAUCGCUUUCUAGAUCCCGCAGUUCCUGAUGCUCCUGCAUUCGGAUACGGCCGAAGAAUCUGUCCGGGGAUACACCACGCGGAUGCUACAAUGUUUCUGACAAUGGCCAGUAUCAUUUCAGUAUUUAAUAUUCGCCCCCCAGUGGAUGUGGAAGGAAGACCCAGGCCGAUGAAGGCUGAUAUAGCAAUGGACGAGGCAGUUAGCUCUAUAGCAUCCUCAUUCUUGGGUACCUUGGCUGCUCCUACAAAUAGCACUCUAUUUCCCCGCCAACUGGCUCAAGUCAUCACCAAAUGCACUGUCCCGAAUACUGUGGCCCUUACCUUUGAUGAUGGCCCUUACCUAUAUACAUACGAGAUCUCGGAGAGAAUCCUUCAGGCUGGUGGAAAGGCCACGUUCUUUGUUAAUGGAAACAACUAUCAGUGCAUCUAUCAUCCGGACAACGUGAACCGCAUUAAAUACCUCUAUGAAAAAGGCCAUCAAAUCGGCUCUCAUACUUGGGGUCAUAAAGAUCUGACAACGCUCACUUGGGACCAAGUUCACGAUGAGAUGUGGCGCGUUGAACAGGCUCUAAUGAGAAUCAUUGGCGCUAAUCCCGCAUAUAUGCGUCCUCCCUUUGGAAAAUACAAUGAUAACGUCCUCCGAGCUUCCGCCGUUCGCGGUCAGAAAGUCGCUAUCUGGGACUUUGAUAGCGGUGAUUCGGCUGGCAUUAGCGCGGCUGCUUCCAAAGGGAGAUAUGAUGAUGUUACCGCGCGACGCCCUUCAAAUAUCCUGACACUUAACCAUGAGACCUAUGAGCCUACUGCGUAUACUGAUAUCCUCCCUCAUGCAAUCGCUAAGCUUCAAGCUGCAGGCUACAGAAUGGUUACUCUUUCUGAAUGCCUGGGCGAGUCACCGGCCGCAGCCUAUCAGUCUCAGGGCCCCCCUGCCACAGGUUCUUGGAGCUGCUAA